GGCAUUGAGGAAGGAGGCAGGGAGUAUCAAUGACAUCAAGCAGCAGUGUCUGAGGCCGACUUAUUAGCGAUGGUCUCCCGACCGAAGGGCUGAGGAGCCGCCGUGACCCGCCGCAGGACGCAGGACCAGGACCGGGACCAGGACCGGGACCAGGACCGGGACCAGGACCGGGACUGUUGGGCAUGCAGCCUCCACGGAGACAGAGCCUGCUGUGAGUGGAGCUGCUGCCGCUGGAUUACCUCCAUCCAUCCAUCCAUCCCAGCUGCAGAGACACACACAUGGAGGACGGAGCGCUUCCUACCAAGUGUGCCUACUUCUUCUGCUGAGCGAAGCCCUGCGCACAUCUAGUCCAUCUCCAGCCUACCCAGCGGUGGUGCCAUGCCUCUGUCCAGACGAGGUCGAGUCCUGGCCCAGUCCAGGCAGCCUAUCCUUGGGUUCUGCCUUUGCCCGUCUCCCCUGUGUUUGCUGCUGCCUUUGAUUAUCUUACUUACCAGACCUUGGAGCAGCGUUUGUGCAGCACUAGCCUCCCCGAAGUUCACCAAGAUUCCCACAGACCAGAUCGGAGUGUCAGGGGGCGUGGCAUCAUUUGUGUGCCAGGCCUCUGGCAAUCCCAAGCCCGUCGUCUACUGGAACAAGAAGGGCAAGAAGGUCAACUCCCAGCGCAUCGAGACGAUAGAGUUUGACGAGGGUGCAGGCGCCGUGCUGCGGAUCCAGCCGCUCAGAGCACCUCGGGAUGAGAACAUCUACGAGUGUGUGGCACGCAACAGUGAAGGAGAGGUGUCUGUCACUGCAAAGCUGGCCAUUAUCAGGGACAAAACUACUUUUCCACAUCACGUCAGUUUAUCAGAAGACGAGCUGCCGUUCGGCUUCCCCAGCAUAGACAUGGGUCCGCAGCUGAAGGUGGUGGAGCGGACGAAGACGGCCACCAUGCUAUGCGCUGCCAGCGGCAUCCCCGACCCGGACAUCUCCUGGUUCAAGGACUUCCUGCCCGUGGACCCCAGCGUCAGCCAGGGGCGCAUCAAACAGCUUCGAUCAGGAGCACUCCAGAUAGAGAACAGCGAGGAAACAGACCAAGGGAAGUACGAGUGCGUGGCCACCAACUCUCAAGGCGUGCGCUACUCCUCUCCUGCAAACCUUUAUGUGCGAGGAGCGACAGACACAUUGCGCCGCGUGCCCCCGCGCUUCUCUAUCCUCCCCUCCAACCAUGAGAUCAUGCCCGGAGGAAGCGUCAACAUCACCUGCGUGGCCGUGGGUUCACCCAUGCCUUACGUCAAGUGGAUGCUGGGCACCGAGGACCUGACCCCCGAGGACGAGAUGCCUAUUGGACGGAACGUGCUUGAGCUCAAUGGUGUCCGGGAGUCUGCAAACUACACAUGUGUGGCCAUGAGUAGCCUGGGUAUCAUUGAGGCCACAGCUCAGGUCUUAGUCAAGACUUUACCAAAGCCUCCUGGUACACCCAUCGUCACGGAAACCACAGCCACAAGCGUUACCAUCACCUGGGACUCUGGCAACCCUGACCCCGUCUCUUACUACAUCAUUCAGUACCGAGCCAAAGGGCCGGACAGCAAGUACGAGACGGUGGACAGCAUCACCACCACCCGCUACAGCAUCGGUGGGCUGUACCCCAACACCGAGUACGAAAUCAGAGUGUCAGCCUUCAACAGCAUCGGCCAGGGACCCCCGUCCGCCCGCGUGGAGGCUCGCACGGGGGAGCAGGCCCCCGCCAGCCCUCCACGGAACGUCCAGGCACACGUCAUUUCAGAAAACACCGUGAUGGUACGUUGGGAGGAACCAGAGGAGCCCAAUGGACAGGUGAAAGGCUAUCGAGUUUACUACACCAUGGACCCGUCCCGGUCUAUAAAUGAGUGGCAGAUCCAUAAUGUCCAAGACAGCGUGAUCACUACCAUCCAGAACCUUGUGACCUCAGAGACCUACACCAUCCAGGUCCUGGCCUUCACCUCUGUCGGGGACGGACCCUUCUCAGACCCCGUCCAUGUCAAAGUCCUGCGUGGAGUACCGGGCCAGCCAGGCAAAUUUAAAGUUGGUCGUGUGACGGACACCAGCAUCGAGAUGACCUGGGAACCCGCGUACACCAAGGAGAAAAUAGUCAACUACGAGCUGCUCUACAAGCCCGUCAAGUUUGGCAGUUUGGAGAAGCUGACCUUUGGGCCGAGGAACUCCUACACUGUGGAGGGUCUGAAGGCUAACACGGAGUACUCCUUCUCCCUGGCCGCCAUCUCAAACAAAGGCAUUGGAGCCUUCACUAAUGAGCUGGUGCAGAGGACGUCACAAGCCAAGCCCUCGACUGCCCCAGAGGGCGUGUCCUGCGAGAGGGUCAGCUCCACCUCGCUCAGAGUAAGUUGGAGGCUACCUCCAAUGGCAGAUCAGAGCGGUGAAUCUGGAAGUUAUGAGGUGAAAUACCAGCGAGUUUAUGGGGCGGGAGGCGGCGAUCAGGGCAUGGAGGUGAAAAGGCUUCUUACCCCAGCCCAGCAGGGACACACUGUGUUAGCUGGACUGGAGAAGUGGAGCUGGUACAACAUCACCAUGGCACCCGCCACUGCAAAGGGGACCAGACCCACGAGCCCAGCGGUGCUUUGCAGAACGGACGAGGACGUUCCCAGCGCCGCCCCUCGUCAGGUGGACGUCCAGCCGCUCAAUUCCUCAGCACUUCGGGUCACGUGGCGCGCUGUGUUGCCACGGUUACGCCAAGGACAGAUCCGUGGAUACCAGGUGCACUUCAGCCGAGCACAGGGUGGUGAAUCACGCACCCUACCCCGAAUCAAAGACCUUUUAUUGGAUGAGAUUCAGAUGGAGGAGGAUGAUUCCACUCAGUAUGAGCUGAUUUUGGAAGGGUUGAAAGCAGAGACUUUGUACUCUGUCUCAGUGGCGGCUUACACCACCAAAGGGGAUGGAGCACACAGCAAAGCCAAGCUGGUGCAGACCAAAGGGAUCGUGCCCAGCCUGCCCUUCCUUUGGGUUCGUCCCGGAUCAGGUCCAUCCGUGGUGGUGAGGUGGUCUCCUCCACUCGACUGCUCUGAGACGGGCUCCGGGAACCAACGGGCCCUUGUGGAAAUUCAGGGUUACCGUCUGCAAUUUGGCCCGACGAACACUUCUUUAAACUCCACGGUGGAUUUUGCACCUCGUGAGAGAAACUUCACCGUCAGAAACCUCUCCCCGGGCUCUUCCUACAUCUUUGCCCUCUCUGCAAAAAGCCAAGCCGGCUACGGGGAUGCAGCGCAGCAGGACAUUACCAUCCCCACGUUUCCACCCACGGGAUACCCCAAAAUAAUAGAUUUUAUUAACGCCACUUGCUGCUCGCUGCAGUUCUCCUGGCUGCCCCCCGCCCCGGACGAGAGCAGCAGUGCCGUUACAGAGUACACUGUAGCUUACAGGAAAGUCACAACUCCCAAACCUUCCGCUGAUCCCGGCCCGUCUGCCUCACCAGGCCCGUCUGCAUCCCCAGAUCCAACAGCUUUUCCUUGGCUGAUCACACUACCAGGAAGUGAGUCCAACUACACCAUCCUGGGUCUCAAUCACAGCUCCGCCUACGAGGUGCAGCUCAGAGCCCACAACAAGGCGGGGCCAGGCCCCUUCAGCCCUCCCCUGGUGUGCCUCACUUUGGCCUUUGAAACAGACGUGCCAAGGAAUUUUUCAGUGAAUCUGGCCACUAAGACCAGUGUUCUUCUCACCUGGGAGUUUCCGGAGAGCAGCAACUCCUAUCGCUUUACUGUGGAGUAUAACCGUGAAAGGAUGGAGGUGGAUGCUCGUCUGAAAAAGGCAGUGAUCACAAACCUUAGGCCUGACACCAGCUACGACUUUAAAAUCACGGCUCCCGAAGGCAACAUGGGAGGCCUGCGCCACCGCAUCACCGCCAAGACAUCCCCACCAAUUGCCAUCCGCCGCCCCGAGAUUGACCACACACGUGAAACUGAAACCACCGUCACCAUAAUCUUGCCAUCGCUGGAAACGCGAACUCCUGUCAAAAAUGUGUAUGUUGUUGUGGUUCCGCUGCGGAGAGGCCGUGGUGUCAUCAAACACCUCAAGAGUCCAGACGAAAUGGACCUGGAGGAGCUGUUAAAAGACAUCAGUCAAAGGCAGAGGGAUUCUCGGCAGCAGAAGCAGGUGGACCUGAGGCGGGCUUACAUCACCGCCCGUUUCACACCUGCCACGCUGCCGGCCUUCUUCACCCUGGGGGACCAGCUGGAGUACGGAGGCUUCGAGAACCGAGCUCUGGAGCCCGGGCAGGAGUACGUCUUCUUCAUCCUGGCCGAGCUGAACUCCACCACAGGGAAGAUGUACGUGGCAAGCCCGUACACAGACCCAGUGAUCGCCCCGGAUUCAGAUCCACAGCCCUUUGAUGCCGGCGACGGUCUGAUCUGGGUGGUGGGACCUGUCCUCGCUGUCGUCUUCAUCAUCUGCAUUGUUAUUGCUAUCCUCCUUUACAAAAACAGCAAACCUGACAGCAAGCGGAAAGACUCUGAACCUGGAACCAAGAGUCUUUUGAACAAUGCAGAGAUGAUGGCUCAUCACCCGACAGACCCCGUAGAGAUGAGACGCAUCAAUUUCCAGACUCCUGGGAUGAUGAGCCACCCUCCCAUCCCCAUCAGUGAGCUGGCUGAACACAUAGAGCUGCUGAAAGCCAACGACAACCUGAGGCUCUCACAAGAGUACGAGUCUAUCGACCCCGGCCAACAGUUUACCUGGGAGCACUCCAACCUGGAGGUUAACAAGACCAAAAACCGCUACGCCAACGUCAUCGCCUACGACCACACCAGAGUCAUCCUGGCUCCCGUAGAAGGCAUGCUCGGGAGCGACUACAUCAAUGCCAACUACAUUGAUGGCUACAGGAAACAGAAUGCAUACAUCGCUACCCAGGGGCCACUGGCAGAGUCUUUCGGGGAUUUCUGGAGGAUGGUGUGGGAACAGCGGACCGCCUCUGUCGUUAUGAUGACACGCCUGGAGGAGAAGUCACGGAUAAAGUGUGAUCAGUACUGGCCGAGUCGUGGCACAGACACAUACGGGACGAUCCAGCUGACCCUGCUGGACACCAUGGAGCUCGCCACUUUCUGCGUUCGGACCUUUUCCCUGCAUAAGAGUGGAAGCAGUGAGAGAAGAGAGGUCCGUCAGUUCCAGUUCACAGCCUGGCCCGAUCACGGCGUCCCAGAGUAUCCCACCCCAUUCCUCAACUUCCUCCGCCGGGUCAAAGCCUGCAACCCGCCUGAUGCUGGACCCAUCAUUGCUCACUGCAGCGCUGGUGUUGGUCGCACCGGCUGCUUCAUCGUUAUCGAUGCCAUGCUGGAGCGCAUCCGACACGAGCGCACUGUGGACAUCUACGGUCACGUGACGCUGAUGCGCUCGCAGAGGAACUACAUGGUGCAGACGGAGGACCAGUACAGCUUCAUCCACGAGGCCCUGCUGGAGGCCGUGGCCUGCGGGAACACGGAGGUGGCAGCCCGGAGUCUGUACUCCUACAUGCAGAAGCUGUCCAAGGUGGAGCCCGGGGAGCACGUCACCGGCAUGGAACUGGAGUUCAAGCGCCUGGCUAACACCAAAGCCCACACAUCGCGGUUCGUCACAGCCAACCUCCCUUGCAACAAAUUCAAGAACAGGCUGGUGAACAUCAUGCCCUAUGAAACCACUCGUGUUUGCCUCCAGCCUAUCAGAGGCCUGGAAGGCUCCGACUAUGUCAACGCCAGUUACAUAGAUGGAUACAGGCAGCAAAGAGGUUACAUAGCAACCCAGGGUCCGCUAGCAGAGACCACAGAAGACUUCUGGAGGAUGCUGUGGGAACACAACUCCACCAUCGUGGUCAUGCUGACUAAGCUGAGGGAAAUGGGACGGGAGAAAUGUCACCAGUACUGGCCCGCCGAGCGCUCCGCCAGGUAUCAGUACUUCGUGGUCGACCCAAUGGCCGAGUACAACAUGCCUCAGUACAUCCUCAGAGAGUUCAAAGUCACAGACGCCAGGGAUGGCCAGUCACGAACAGUACGUCAGUUCCAGUUCACUGAUUGGCCGGAGCAGGGCGUGCCCAAGUCUGGGGAGGGCUUCAUCGAUUUCAUUGGUCAGGUGCACAAGACCAAGGAGCAGUUUGGCCAAGAUGGACCAAUCACAGUCCACUGCAGUGCUGGCGUGGGGCGGACCGGUGUCUUCAUCACUCUGAGUAUUGUCCUGGAGAGGAUGCGCUACGAGGGAGCGGUGGACAUCUUCCAAACUGUCAAAAUGCUGCGGACACAGAGGCCGGCCAUGGUGCAGACUGAGGACGAGUACCAGUUCUGCUACCAGGCUGCUCUGGAAUACCUGGGUAGCUUUGACCACUAUGCAACGUAAGGCAACACAACCAUCCAUCCAUCUUUCUGCUUCAAGUUCCACAAAACAAUCCAACAAGUGAAAAAGAGAGACGAGCAGUCUGGCACAACCCCGAUGUUGAUCCUUUUCCCGAGAAAAGCAAGAUUUAAAGACCAAUUCUGCACCAACAAGUGACAAAAACGGCAACAAGAAAUCUCUUAACAGCACCCACGCUCAUCAGCGGUUUCCCUGGUGGGUGUGGAGACUGUUUGUGUGUAAUCCAUAUACUUACCUCAGUGUUCCAGUGUGAAGGGCGUAUAAUAAGUGUGUGUUGUGGUCAGCUAUCUCCAAUAUGAACCAGUGAAAUACAAAUGGCUUGUGAACAGGAGUUAUGGUACUCUAUGUGUAUAAAAUAUAAAAAGAUUUAAGAAAAAAAAAACACAAAGAGCCUGGAUAUUUGCUGCACCCUAAAUGGGCUUUUUAUUCUCAACUUUGUAUCUGUUGGUUUGAUGUUCUAAGUGAACAUUUCUACGUGUCUGUGAGUCUAUUUCAAAGGCGUCUACUGCCACCACAGGUAGUUGUGACUGCAGUCUGAAGAUAAUGACUAGGUGAUGCAUCAGCACAAGCCUACAGUAAAGGACUCGCCACCCUGAGGACUGUAGACGCAUGUGGAUGCUCUUUAAACCGAUGCACAGUGCCAAGAGAAACCAUGCAGCGUGAACAUGAACUGUGGCCUACAAGGACAAACGGCUCCUUUUGUUAUAAAGUCAUACCGCUCUGAAAAACUGGUCGGCCAUCAGCUCCUACCCCGCAGUCAUGUUCUCACUGAGUAACAGCUUGCCUCACAACAGCAAUUAGAGCCAUCCAUAUCCCAAACUAAGCGGAGAUUUCUAGUCUCGUACAUUCUUCAUUCAACAAAGCUUGCUUGCUCUUUGCUAUUGUCCUUGUUCACCCCCGACCUUGGCUCCUGAUGAUGUCAGCCCCAUCGUGCCAGGUGAGCAGUGGCUUUUUGGAUGAGAUGCUAAUGAAAGGCCUGAACCACAGCUAGUUUACUUUUCUCUCAGUUCUAAGCCCAUGUCUAUAGAUCUUGUGGUUUUUAUUGUUUUUGUUUUGUUUUUUUGGGGGGUUUUGUUUUGUUUUUGCCUUACGUAGAUGCCUGUCUUGUCUUUUAACAUGCUGCAUAGUGCUCUUUAUUUUAUUGUACAUCAUCUUUAGUUGAGGAUGACAGUUGUCUCAAGACACAUCUUUACUUGAAUUGAACCACUUUGCAGUCAAUUAUGGGUACUGGCAACAAAAGAUAAUGAAAGAAAUCCUGAAAAUAUUCAGAAGUAGCGAUGAAUUACUUCAUUUCCGCUGACUUCUUCCCUUUUACUCCUCCAUGAAUACCCUUUGAAUUAUCUCUGUUUGUUAAAUCUGUCUGUAAGGACAUUUUCAUCUGCACCAAAUGAUGUUUCCCUCUCGGUCUAUAUCCAGUACAGCUGCACAAGUCCCUGAUAUUGGUGUAUAUCUUUGCUUAAUUUGACAUUUGAUUGGUCCCGUGUGAUUAUUAAAGAGCACAGCGACGUCCCAGUGCAUCAGAAAUCUUGGGCGGAUUCACUAAAAUGUGUACAUACAGUCUAUCAUUGGAGUCCCAUACAGUACAGUAACAUAUGUCUGAGCACAAAAAUAUAAUGUAGGGAUUGGAUGUGAUGUAGUACUUAUUGUUGCAAAAAAUAAGAAAAAGAAAAAAGAAAAAAAAGCCUUAUUGUUAACAUUCACUUUGUCAUAUUUAUAUCAUAUGAUUUUUAAAGAUAUUUAUUAUUCUAUUUUGUUAUUUUUAAGUUUUAUUUUAUUUAUUUGGGGUUUCCAGCAAUUAUAACCAAUAAGAUAUUGUUACUUAUUUCUUUGGCGAGCCAAUGUUGAAGUAUGAAAUUCUCACUGUUUGUUUCUUUUUUUAAAUGGUCAGUUUUUGGUGCUUUUUUAUUUGCUUUGUUAUGAUAAAGUAUGCCCUCUGUGUAGGGUGCUAUUUGAUACUGAUUACUGAUGUCCGACUAGUUAGCUCGAGAUGUACAUUAGAGGCAGAACUAGUUUAAGUUUACAGUGUUUCCCUUUUGAUACCCUCCUCCUCCGCUCAGCCCUGCAUAGCAACAGCAGCGAUGGAUCAUAGCAGCACAGGCUUGUUCCAGCCCGCAGCGAUAAGCUCAAGGGCAGCAGACAGGUUAGAUAUGUAGAGCAGAUCUAUCAGUGAACGUCUCCUGACAAGAUGUUGGUGUUUAGUUUGCUCAAAAGCACAUGGUAGCAAGUGUAUUUUUGACAGAAAAUGGGUAAGACUUGCCUAGCUAAACACACUUUACAUACCCUCAAAGGUUAUUGUUUAAAAUUAUUCUCAUAUGAACUCUGUGUGGUCCAGAAGUCUUGACGAUGUUUGACAUAUAUGAGAUAUGUUAUUCCUUCGAUUUCUAAUGAUUAUUGUGUCAAGAGAAAUAUAAAAGGCACACAUGUAACAUAAUAUGAAAUGUGUUGAGGGCCAGCUCUGAUGAUGCCAUCCCCCUCACCUAUGUACUUGUUCUUUCCUUUGAAACCAUAGAUGUAGAUAUUGUAUCUUGACUUUGUAUUAAAAGCAGAAUGAUUGGAUAUACGGCACACACCGAGCUGCUUGAUUCUUGCUGGUUUCCUGUUGUGUUAUUCAUUUCAUGUCCACUAGAUGGGGCUAAAAUCACUUGGACACAGCUCGUUGCAGUCUGGCAAUGCACCUGAAAAAAUGACCUAGGUCAAUGUUGGAUUCAAGAUUUGAAU